AUGGUCCAAGUUAAAGUGCAGUCAUAUGAGGAGCAAAGCACCAGGAGCAUUACAAAUACGUUACACCAUGCUCUAGGACCAUUCUUGGUGUUGUCACGCUUCUUUGGCACCAUGCCGGUUCUGGGAGUAUGGCCCAGGGCAGAUAUCGCCCUGGUGCGUUUCAAAUGGUGUAGCCUGCCGGUGUUGGUGACACUGACGCUGUGCCUGUUCGCCACCAUGGAUUUGUUUCUCUCCCUGAAGGUGGUGACCGAAAUGGGCAUAAUGCUAACAACAACAGGACCUUUGAGCUUCAGCAUUGGGUGCCUCACCGGCUUCAUUGUUUUCCUAUGGCUAUCACGUAAGUGGCCAAAUUUGAUUAAGUCCACGCGACGCCUGGAAGUGAUAUUUCUGCGGGGACCCUAUGCGGCAUGUCCAGAAUCGCAAAUGCUAAGUCGUCGCAUUCGUCUGACGGGGACCCUGUUUCUCGUGAGCUCGGUGGUGGAACACUUGUGCUAUGUGGGCAGCGGUAUUUACAGCAAUCAUCUGCAGAUCAAGGAAUGCAACUUAACGGCGGGGUUUUGGAAAAACUAUUACAUGCGAGAGCGUUGGCAGUUCUUUUCGCUGAUAGACUACACGGUGUGGUUGGUACCCCUAUUGCAGUGGAUAACCAUAUCAAUGACAUUCAUAUGGAAUUUUGUGGAUAUUUUUCUAAUUCUGGUGUCGCAAAGUUUGGCGGUGCGUUUCAAUCAAUUCAAAUGGCACGUCCAGUGUCAUCAGAAAAAGCAUAUGUCAAAUGACUUUUGGCUUGGCGUACGCAAGGAUUUUCUUGCAUUGACAGAUUUACUUUGGCUAUACGACACGGAUUUGUCUGGCUUGGUGAUGCUGUCAUGUGCACAGAAUUUAUAUUUUUUAGCCGUUCAGACGUUCCAUGUAUUUCUCUAUCGAGACAAUUUCAUGAGCGAAAUCUACUUUUGGUUCUCUCUGCUCCAUGUGGCCAUACGCACCUUCUACAUGAUGUGGUCGGCAGCAGCCAUUAAUGAGACGGCCUAUGGCAUUUUGAGCACAAUUUAUGAAAUACCCACCGCCUAUUGGUGUUUGGAGCUCAAAAGACUCAAUGAAAUCAUUAUAUCCGAUUUGAUUGCUUUAAGUGGCAAGGGUUUCUUUUUCCUUACCCGGCGUCUUAUGUUGGCUAUGGCCGGCACUUUGGUUAUUUAUGAACUCGUCCUGCUCGAUCAAGUGGAUGGCAAUGAUGUCCACACACCACUGUGUAAUCAAAGGAAGGGUUGAAUGUAUUCCUUUUGGUUUUUUUUCCACUUUGGAUGAUGAUGUCUAAGAAUGCCAUGAGCAGAUAAAAUGUUAAAAGAUUAUGUAUUUUAUAUUUGUGUAUGCAUUAUUUUAAUGUUUAUCGAUAUGUGUGUUAAGCUGUGUCGUUUUUAUACAUAUUUUGUUUAUUUCUUCAAAAAGUAAAUAUUUA